UCUCGCCGGCUGCCAGAGAGGCUCGCCUGCCCACCCGCCGGACCGACCACGGCGCUUCCACCCACCAGACGAUGAAAAAAUAACCCCGGCUUGGGCUGAGCAUCUGGAGGGUUCGGAGUGUCGGCGCACCAGGGUGGCUGGCACAGCAGCAUGGUCCAGCAACGGAGCAUGAGGAACCGGGGCGUGGAAGCCAAGAGGGAGGCGUGUUCCAAAGAAAGCUUGCUCUUGAAAGAUGCCACAGGGGAGCCCGGCUGGUGCAAGACCCCCAGCGGGCACAUCAAGCGCCCCAUGAACGCCUUCAUGGUCUGGUCCCAGAACGAGCGGCGCAAGAUCAUGGACCAGUGGCCCGACAUGCACAACGCCGAGAUCUCCAAGCGCCUCGGACGGCGCUGGCAGCUCCUGCAGGACUCGGAGAAGAUUCCUUUUGUCAAGGAGGCUGAGCGGCUGCGCCUGAAACACAUGGCCGACUAUCCCGACUACAAGUACCGGCCCAGGAAGAAAGGGAAGAUGGGCAGUGCCAAGUCCCGCCCGAGGGUCCCCGUGAAGAUCAAGCCCUCCGUUCUUGGGCGGGCGGCCUCCCCUAGAAGGCAGGCGCCGAAGCCAGACGCCGGGGGCCAGGCGGGACGCUGCUCCCCGAAGCCGGACGCCGAUGACCCCCUCGAGGCCCGCAUCCUGGAGGUGUCUUUUGACGAGUGCCCCAAAACACCCAGCAAGGAGUUCUGGCAUGCGCUUCCUGCGGCCGGCGAGAAAGGCGCGUGGGGGGCCAGCCCCGGCCAGGCCAAAGACCCCGAAGCCGCCACACUGGCCAAACCGUGGUCCUCUGAGGCCUCUUCCCCAGCUUCCACGAGGUCCCCUCCUUCUUCCUUUGCCUCCUCGGACGAAGAGCUGGAAGAGGAUGUUUGGAACGUCUCGCCCAGUCGGAUCCAGCCAAACACGCCCUGCGGGAGCCCGGACUGGUCCCUCUUCGAUAAAGACCUCGACCUCUUUCCUUUGGGCGCCUCGUCUCACUUUGAGUUCCCCGAUUACUGUACCCCGGAAGUGACUGAGAUGAUAGCCGGGGACUGGCUGAUGUCCAGUAUUUCGGACUUGGUCUUUACCUACUGAGUCCUACCAGGUAACUCUCACUUCUCAACAAUCAGGUGGUUCCAGAAAAAGAGAGAGAGAGAGAGAGAGGAGAAGAAGAAGAAACCCAGCUGUUUACAUGCAGAAUCAGGUAUCUCCAUGUCUUGCCUUGGCUUCAUUCAAAGGCGAGCCCUCCGUCAGCCCAUCCCCCUGGCACACACCCACUUGGCCAGCCUCUGGUGGCUUGCUCUGGGAGGCUCCCCAUCACCUCUCACCCCCCUCCCCACCGCACA